CCAAUUCUCACUGCGCAUGAGCGGCGUUCAGCGGUGCGCUGUGUCCGUCGGAUACAGCGGAUCACCAAUCAUGGAAAGAGCCGAAGAUGUCGGCUCGGUCAUGUGACCAAUCACAGCUGAUCACUGAUCAUCAGGGCACUGAUGAUCAGUGUGCCCUGGUGAUCAGUGUAGCCCCAGCAGUGCCACCUGUCAGUGUCCAUCAGUGCCUUAUGUCAGUGCUCAUCAGUGCCUUGUGCCAGUGCCCAUCAGUACCACAUCAAUGCCACAUCUCAGUGCCCACCAGUGCACAUCAAUGCCACAUAUCAGUGCCCACCUGAGCUGCCUUUCAGUGUCACCCAUCAGUGCCAGUCAGUUCCACCUAUCAAUGCCAAUCAGUGCCACCUAUCAGUGCUGCCAAUCAGUGCCACCUAUCAGUGCCAGUCAGUGCCGCCUAUCAGUGCCAGUCAGUGCUGCCUAUCAGUGCACACCAGUGCCGCCUAUCAGUGCCU